CAUCUCCGUCCUGGACCUGCUGGACGGAUCCAGCAGGGGGAGCAGGUCUCUGACCCCAGCAGAGUCUGGGUAAUCACGAGGCCUCAUCGACCCCCCACCGGCAAACGGCAGGACCCAGCUGGACCAGAACCAGUUCUGAUACAGAAGAGACCCGGUGUGUGGGUGCGCGCGUGUCACAUACCAUCAGCUACUGCCCGGCUUCACGUGGGACGUCUUCUUCUUCUUCUUCUUCUUCUUCUUCUUCUUCUUCUUCUUCUUCUGCUUUCCUCCGCAGUGUGCGUGACUCCGCCCCCUGUCGGAACCAACGGGAAUGAUUGUUUUUAUUGGUAAACUCUCGCCGGUUCGGUAUGAGUCCAACAGAACCAGCAGCAGAAUCAAGUUCCGCCCUGUGAGGAGAAAAAUGAACCGGAAGUUGGAGAUUAAACUGACAGCACUGCAAGCCGCAGCUCUUUUUUCCGAGGUACAGUCAAUGCAACACUCUGGCUCCAACACUCCAUCUCCCAUCACGCCUUUCGGCUGUCCCCUCGUGGAGGAUAUCAGCAACAUGUCGGUGUUCAUGGACCUGAACGUGAUGUUCUCACCGGACAGAACCGGACUGCAGGGGCUCGUGGAGACCGCCGCUCACUUGGGUUUCUCCGCCGUCGCCAUCAACUACGUGUUUGAACCGACGACCAGGAAGAAACAGGAAGUUCCCACUCCGACACCGAUCAGUGAGCUGAUCGAUCAGCUGUCGGCGGUGCAGGGUCGCUCUCGACCAAUCAGACUGCUGAACAGGCUGACCGUGGUGAUGUCAGAUUCCAGUCACUUUAGGCCGAAUGCUCCGGAGUAUCGUCGCUUCGACCUCCUCGCCGUGCAGCCAACCACAGAGAAACUCUUCCAUGCGGCCUGCUUGCUGUACGACAUCGACAUCAUCUGCAUCUCGGUGACGGAGAAACUUCCUUUCUUCUUCAAAAGAGCGCCGGUCAACGGGGCCGUGGACAGGGGCGUGGUCUUCGAGGUUUCGUACUCGGCCGCCAUCAGAGACGCCACCAUGAGACGCUACACCAUCGCCAACGCCGUGAUGAUGAUGUCACAACAUGUCUGUCUCUUCCAGAACGUCAUCCUGAGCAGCGCAGCGGAGAAGGCUCUGGAGCUCCGAGGACCGUAUGAUGUCACCAACCUAGGCUUGCUGUUCGGUUUGUCCGACUCGGACUCCAAAGAAGCCGUUUCCUCCACCUGCAGAGCGGUUCUGCUGCACGCAGAAACCAGGAAGACGGCCUGUGGCGUCGUGCGCACCGUGAAGAACCAGGAUGACGGUGCAGCUCCUGCAGCCAAGAAAGCCAAACCCACCUGACCAAGUGCUUGACAGCAGAUUUAGUUUUAUGUCUUUUAUUUUUGAAGUCAUUAUUUCUGGUUUAAUAAACGGUGUAAAGAGUCACUUCCUGUCAAACA